GGCAAAACGUAUGAAGGUCAAAGCAGAACAUUCGUAUGUAAUCCAGGAUUAAUAUUCCCCAGCGGAAACAUUGCCGUGGCAACAACGUGCCAGUCUGAUGGUCAAUGGUCAGCCAUGCUGUGUCCAACAGAAACAGAUGAAAACAACUCAUGCAGCGGAUGUAUACGCCCAAGGGAUUGUCAAGACAGACAACUUUUAAACGAUUCUGCACAAACGGGAUUGUAUGAGAUGUAUCCAGCAGACAGUAUGGGCUUCGAGGCGCGUUGUGACAUGGACACGCCUCCUGGUGGAUGGACCGUAAUACAACGCAGAGUAUCUAAUAGUCAUUUCAAAAGAAACUGGGAAGAGUAUAAAGAAGGAUUCGGUGACCCGAAUGAUAAUUUUUGGUUAGGAAAUGACAAAAUAUGGAGAUUAACAAACGGCGGACAUUACAAACUACGAGUUGAUCUCAUAGAUGAGAAUGGAAUUAAAGGAUUUGCACAAUAUAGUUCCUUCUCCAUUGGAGAUGAAACUUCUAAGUUUACCUUGCAUGUCUCAGGACACAGCGGAUCAGCGAGUGACAGUCUGCUUGCCAUUCAUAACGGAAUGAUGUUUAGUACUUUCGAUCAAGAUAAUGACAUUCACACUAGCAUCAAUUGUGCAGAUAGAUAUGGAGGAGGUUGGUGGUACGCUAACUGUCACCAUUCGAACCUGAACGGAUACUAUGGUGACCAACCACAAUAUUAUGGAAUGACUUGGAGACACUGGAGGGAUGGAAACACGUUUAUGUCAUUCACAGAAAUGAAAAUACGACGCUAAAAAGAUCUUAUAUGUCGGAAGAAAAUUGAAUUGAGUUUGGUCAUUAUGAACUUUAGAACAUGAGUUGUCUUUGAAAAUUGUCUUAAAUAGUCGGGAAUCAAACCCGGGCCACCGCGGCAAUAAAAAUUUCUUGACCAGUACUCCAUGGAAUUCGUACUUCGGUUGUUAAAUAUAAAUCUUUAUAAUUAAGGUAGUUUACCUCCGGUACCUUGUUACAAACGCCUCUCUUCAAUUUUGAAUGGAAAAAUUACUAAAAACAACUAAUUCUUAUGUGUAUUAAUAACAUAUAAUCUAUCAGUAACUUAGUUUCAAAUCCUUCUAAAGAGAUAUAGCAAAAUUUUUCAAAUAUCGAAAAGCUUUCUUUUCUUCUUUUUUUUUGUUGUAUGAUCUGGAGAUCAGUGUCUUCAAAUGAUUAGAAAGGUUCAAGAACUUGCUACAAAACCGUUAUCUGACAGUAUAUUUGCAGGAACUAUGAAAAUGUUUACUGUCCCUGAUAUUAGUAA